AUGCUCUCAAACACUAUCGAGCAGGGCGACACUAUAGAACAGAGCUCCACUAUCGAGCAGGGCGACACUAUAGAACAGAGCUCCACUAUCGAGCAGGGCGACACUAUAGAACAGAGCUCCACUAUCGAGCAGAGCUCCACUAUCGAGCAGAGCUCCACUAUCGAGCAGAGCGAGAUAGUGUUGGUGAUAGCUAGUCAGUGUGCUCGAUAG